AUGUCCUCAGUCAACUAUACAGCCACCAACAUAGUAACAGCCCCAACAACAACCUCCACCUCAACCCACUAUCCCGAACUCGUAGGCUGGAUCCCCGAGAACUCCGGCCGGGGCACCCUCAGCCUGCUCACCAGCUGCCUAACGACCCUCUUCCUCUGCACCUGGGUCGUAAUCCACCCGCGCGUGCACGCCUCCAUGCGCCACAGCUUCUUCCACAAGGUGGCGCUCUUCCUCAAAACCCUCAUCGCACCGGAGUUUAUCGCCGUCGAGGGCCUCCAAGAAUGGGCGCAAUGUCGACGCAUGCGCCGCGAUUUCAUGAUUCUAACCAGCCCCGAGAUCAAAGACCCGCAGCACAACAACAAGCAAGCACAACCAUUCACCCUCCUCCACGCAUUUUACAUCAGCAUGCUCGCCCUGCGCUACCGCACCCCGCUAGGCGACCGAGUCCUGUGGCCUAACCAGUACGUCUGGCUACUGCAGCAGGGCCUGAUCGAGUGGAAGGACCACACCCGCUGGGGGCUGGCCGUCACGGACAUCGAGGACAAGAGUAAAGCGGAUGCAGUGGCGAAGCUGAUCGCGCUGGCGCAGGUGCUGUGGUUCGUGGCGCAGUGCAUCCUGCGCGCCGUGCACGGGCUACCCCUGGCGCAGCUCGAGGCCAUGACCCUGGGGUAUAUCCCGCUCAUCGCGGUGACUUAUUUCUUCUGGUGGCACAAGCCCAAGGAUAUCCGGUCGCCGACGGUGGUGGAGCUGCCCGUAGCGAUGACGAGCGAGCAGCGUGCGGUGUUUGAGUGUCUGGCGGUCAGUCACAAGUUCGACAACGAGGGCUUGCGCGAUCAGGUCACCUACUGGAGUAUCUGGUACCUGACACCGCGGGUGUUCGAGAAGGAGGAGAGGGAUCGGAUGAUGGCGGAGCGGGUACUCGAGACGAAGAAGAGCUCGUCGGAGUCGCCGGGGUCGUCGGGGUCGUCAUCAUCCUCACUUGCAGAUCCACCAACACAUGUCGACUUUCAGACAGAAGGAAACAAAAAGGAAAUUGUGGUUGCUCACUGGGAUCCCGAUAUAUAUCGCUCCAAGCUUUGGCCGUUGACGUGUCUCUUCGGAAUGUCGUUCGGGGCCCUGCACCUGGUGUCAUGUAAUGAUGUCUUCCCCACCACGGUGGAGUUGUGGCUGUGGCGUAUCGCGGCAUUCGUGUCCAUGGGGUCCAUGCUGGUGUUCAUGCACUUCGAGAAAGUGGUGCUCCGAUGGGAGGGAUUGUGA